AUGAACGACAAGUACAUUAGGUUCUUCCAUUGUUUCAGGAGGCUUAAUCGAAUAACACGAACAUUGGAAUCCCGACAUCGACAUUCAUCAACAUCCGUCACCAACAACGCAGCUCCAGCAAUAGCAAUCAGGCCUAAAGGAUAUUGGGAUGCUCUAGCCGUAGAUCAGAAGAAUCCCGUGCUCCCAAUCCCUCAAUCUGCAUACCGUCGAUACACAUCAACCGAAUUAAGUAAAUUAACACAUCCGCCACGAUGUGCUGGUGUUUCGGUCAGAGAUUUUAUAGAGGAUGCUCUCUAUAAUCCGCACUAUGGUUACUUCUCUAAAAAGGCAGUCAUCUUCUCACCAUCUGAAGAUAUUCAAUUCAACACCUUCAAGAAUGUACAGCACUUUAUGAACCAUUUGGGAGAGUUAUAUAAGGCCGUUGAAUCGAAUUCACCUCCCAUCGACGACAUUGCUCGACAAGUCUGGCAUACUCCUACUGAGCUCUUCAGGCCUUGGUAUGGAUACGCCCUAGCUCACUACAUUGUCCAACUACACAUCAGCAAACAAGAUACAUCUGGUCCUCUUAUAAUAUACGAAGUCGGUGCUGGUAACGGUACUCUUAUGAUGAACAUUCUGGACUAUAUACGAGAUCGCCAUCCAGACAUUUACGUAAACACACGAUACAAUGUAAUUGAAAUCAGUGCUAAACUGGCUGCUCUACAAUCGGAAGCUAUACCGGCUAGUAGUAAAAGUAGGGUAUUGCCGCAUGACAAGAUACGGAUUAUAAACAAGUCGAUAUUUGAAUGGGAUGUGACUGUCUCUGAUCCAUGCUUUAUUAUUGCCAUGGAAGUCAUUGAUAACUUUGCCCAUGAUAUGGUCAGAUACGACAAUGUCAGCGGCAAACCUGUACAAGGAGUAGUCAUGAUUGACGAAAACGGUGACUACCAAGAAGCAUACGAACCAGCAACAGAUCCACUACUUCUCCGAUAUCUAGAAUUACGUGAUAUACCUCCACCAGUACUCUCACCGCGAAUACUGCGUCUAUUACGUCGAAACCUGAUUCCAUUUGCUCCGAAUCUAUCACGUCCGGAAUGGAUUCCUACAAAAACCAUCGUCUUGUUUGACAUCCUCGCAAAGUACUUCCCAAAUCAUAGACUCGUACUAUCCGAUUUCGAUAAAUUGCCGGAUGCUGUGUCUGGUCAUCUAGGACCUGUAGUACAAACGAGAUAUGAUGGGCAGAUGAUUGCUUGCUCGACGUAUCUAGUACAGCCGGGUUGGUUUGAUAUAUUCUUUCCAACGGAUUUCGAGAUGCUUAAAAAGGUAUAUUUGAAAAUAUGUAAUAGUAGGGAUAAUUUCGUCGUCGGUGGUGCUGAGAAGACGCACCUAACAGGGGAAGGAAGUGGGAAGGAGAGGAGUGUACGAUUAUGUACACAAAAACAAUUCUUGCAAGAGAAUGCUCAGGUAGAAAAGACAAGAACGAUGAGUGGAGAGAAUCCAAUGUUGACAUUUUAUGAAAACUUUCAGUUUAUGUUGUCAUGA